GGCUGGAGUUUAGACGAAAGGUAGAGGCUUGGACUGAGGAAGGACAGGUGAACUCCCAAGCCUCAAAACGGAGCUUAAGCUUAAUUCAUCGUUGUCAGCUAAGAGCAGCCGGAGCUUGGACGAGCUCUCAAUGGACCUUGCUGUAAAAAUAGCGAUAGAAAUACCUUAGCGGGCGCCCCUGUACAGCUCCGUGCUCCUGAGUGAGUGUCCAGGAAAAGUUUUCUUUCUACCCACUUCUCACCACGGCCGAUCUUCCUGGCCUCCCCUCCGCCAGCCCUGAGAGUUUGGCGGCCCCCGUCCACCACAACCAGCCCUGCACGCAACUGCGAGUUCUGCAGACCCCUUCCCCAGGGCCUACAGCGAGUCUCUUCCUGCUCCUAAGGAUUUCUCUUUUCUCCUCCUGGAGGCAAGGCCUCAGCACGGAAGGCUGCUCAACACCUUUGUUCAACACCUGCUGUUGUAUGCCCGGCUGUGCUAAGCACCAGGUUGGCAUUGGUGGGCAAGGGAGAAGAGCCUGUGCCUGUGGCCUCACAGAGCAUAGACUGCUCUGGGAAGAAUGCCUAUUUGUCCUUCCCAAGCUGCUCUUACCGCACUGACAAUGGAUGAAAGGAUAGUGGGUGAUGCUGAGGAAGACUGGCUGCAGCUACGGCCUGUGGAGCCCUUGCCCUCCCAGUGCUGUGGCAGUGGCUGUUCACCCUGUGUCUUUGACCUCUAUCACCGAGACCUAGCAAGGUGGGAAGCAGCCCGAGCCAGCAAUGACAGGAGCCUGCUAAAUGGGAAGCAGCCACAGAGUUGCUCUUCCCAGCUGAGCCCAGAGACCUUCUUGGCCUUCCGCAUCAGUGCCAUGGAGAGACUCACCGCUGAUACCUACCACAUCCGGUUUUCACUGCCUGGGAACAGCCAGCUGGGCCUCCAGCCAGGCCAGCAUCUCAUCCUACGAGGGACAGUAGAUGACUUAGAAAUUCAGAGAGCCUAUACACCCAUCAGCCCUGCCAAUGCAGAAGGAUACUUUGAUGUUUUAAUCAAGUGCUAUAAGACUGGGCUGAUGUCCCAGUAUGUGGAGACCUGGAGAGUAGGAGGCACAGCUUUCUGGCGAGGACCUUUUGGAAGCUUCUUUUAUCAACCGAACAAGCAUGGUGAGCUCCUCAUGUUGGCUGCCGGCACAGGCCUGGCCCCCAUGGUACCCAUCCUCCAGAGCAUCACAGACAAUGCAGAUGAUGAGACCUUUGUUACCCUGGUCUGCUGCUUCAAGACCUUUGAGGGCAUCUACCUGAAAACCUUCCUCCAGGAGCAGAGCCGAUUCUGGAAUGUCCGAACUGUCUUUGUACUCAGCCAGGAGAACUCUCCAGAGCAGCUUCCCUGGAGUUACCGUGAGAAGACCCACUUUGGCCACCUGGGCCAGGACCUGGUUGAAGAACUGGUGGGCUGCUGCCGAAAGAAGCCAUUUGCAUUGGUCUGCGGCUCACCUAAGUUUACUAAGGACAUGGCCAGCCUGGGCCCCAGUGUGCUGCGCCAGCACAGGCAGACUGCAGGCAGUCCCAGACUUGGAAUACUCAGCAGUGGAAUGUUGGACUCAGAGAGCCGUGAAACCCUAAGAAUUAGACUUUUAUAAUCAUAGAAUUGCUGUCCUCAAAGCAAAGCUGCAAGUCCAGCCUGCCAGAUGGUCCAGAUCUAUUGUCUACCUAGGAGACUGAGGCCCAGUGAGGCUGCAUGACUCACCCAAGGUGGAGCUGUGACAGCAGCAGAAGCCACACUUCAAUCCCCACUCCUGUCUGUACCAUGGAUUUCAGACAGGGCUCCACGGGCACUAGGGAUCCUUGCUGAGUGGCAACAGUGAAGGGAUGGCCAGAAGGACUUCCAUUUCCCCUUCCACCAAGCAGGUUUUUACCCCAUUUACAUAUUGAAACUUGGAGUGAUUUUGAUUUGUCAGGAAGGAUUGUUCCUGCCCCACCCCCAAAGUCCCAUGAAAAUCCUACCUGUGCCAUGGUCUCUAAAGAGUCACAGUAAGCUCAGGGAGAGAACAGAGGCUUCAAACUGGCAGGGUUUUCAUAUCCUGCUACAGGACAUGGGCUCCAAGAACCCCAUGCAUGUGGGCACAUUAAAUGCUCUGAAAUCACAAGUCAAAAA